GUGGAAUGUCAUUAGUUAAGGCAGGAACCCGCCAUCUGGAUGUGUCCGUGCAGGUCACAGGGGAUAUGAUGGCUGAGCUUUGGCUCAGAGACCUGCCAGUAUCACCGACCUCAUGAGCUCAGUUAUUCGGAGCUGCUGGUUUAACCGUCUGUUCUCAUCUAGCCUCCACCCCGCAGCCAGCAAUCUCCGUAAAACGAACACCUGGCUUAGUUUCUGCUGGAAACCGUUGAAUAGUCCCCUGUUUUCUGGAAGGGUCUGAGCAGCUCCCCGUUGCGUCCACAGCCCCCGGGCCUGCCUCCUGCAGGUCCCGCUACUUUGUCACCAAAGCAUCCUCAGCGCUCGCACCUGCCUGAAGCUGUGCUCGGGCGCUCCCGCCGAGGGAACCGCCUUCCCAAAGCUCUGCGCUCUAAUUCUCACUGGUCUACCAAGAGCUAGCAGUGUGGGGAAACGAGAAUUCUCCGGGGACUCUCCCCUGUACUUCGUGGCCCUCUGCGGAAUCCUUGUUUAAGGAUCUGCAGGUCGUUUCCAGUCGUGCGCGCAGCACGGAGGCUGCCGGCCCUGCCCAGCGCUGGGCUCUCCGCCUCUCUCCCACACGCCGGCCUCUCUGUGCCAGCUGGCUGUGCACCCAGGUCAGGAAGCCCAAGGUCGGGGCGUUAACCCAAGGGCCCUCCCGCGUUCCCUCCGAGGGCGGAGAGGCGUCUGCGCCCGAACCGGCUGCGGGAACACCUGGAGCGCCGGCGGAGCUCGGCUGCCCUCGCGGUGCGGAGCCCGACGCGCAUUCUUGGGCCCGGGGUCCGCCGUCCGCGCCUGCGAACGGAUUUCUGCCUCGGCUACACGCGCAGCGCGCAGACCUGAGCCGGCCCCGCGGAACUGGGGCUCGAGUCCCGGCCUGAGCGCGGCGUCGGGGGCAGCGGAGAGGGGCGGCAGCCGCUAGGGACCCUCGGCGCCUCGGCCUCGCCGCGAUGAAGUCCCCGCCCUUCCUCAGCCCGUGCCUCUCCUGGAGGAGAAUGGUGGGCGUCUUCUUCCUGCCGUUUGUCUUACCAGCUUUUGCUCCUCGGUUUAAGCAGGAAGAGAGCCUCAUGCUUGGAACAGCGCAUCCGCCCUGGCCCAGGGUUUCAGCCGUCCCUCCGAGCCCUCUCCCGAGUUCUCUCUCCCUUUCCACCUUCUUUCCCUCGCCCGGCCCCUCCAGGUUUAACUGGUCUCAUCUGACCCCUCUGGAGCUGAAGAAUCGAUCUGUGGGACUCGGAACUGCAAGCACAGGUCGGGGUAAGCCCCACUUCACGCUGGAGGGCCACAAGUUCCUCAUCUUCGGGGGCUCCAUCCACUAUUUCCGGGUGCCCAGGGAGUACUGGAGGGACCGCUUGCUGAAGCUGAAGGCCUGUGGCUUCAAUACUGUCACCACCUAUGUUCCGUGGAACCUGCAUGAGCCAGAAAGAGGCAAAUUUGACUUCUCUGGGAACCUGGACCUGGAGGCCUUCGUCCUGAUGGCUGCGGAGAUCGGGCUGUGGGUGAUUCUGCGUCCAGGCCCCUACAUCUGCAGUGAGAUGGACCUCGGGGGCUUGCCCAGCUGGCUCCUGCAAGACCCCCAGUUACUGUUGAGGACAACCAACAAGGGCUUCACUGAAGCAGUUGAGAAGUAUUUUGACCACCUGAUUCCCAGAGUGAUUCCUCUCCAGUACCGCCAGGGAGGUCCUGUCAUCGCGGUGCAAGUGGAGAAUGAAUAUGGCUCAUUCGAUAAGGAUAAAACCUACAUGCCGUAUCUCCACAAGGCUCUGCUGAGAAGAGGGAUUGUGGAGCUUCUCUUGACCUCCGAUGGUGAGAAAAAUGUGCUGAGCGGCCACACCAAAGGAGUGUUGGCCGCCAUCAACUUGCAAAAAGUUCAGCGGAAUACCUUCAGUCAGCUUCAUAAAGUCCAGAGAGAUAAGCCCCUUCUGGUUAUGGAAUACUGGGUUGGCUGGUUCGACAGAUGGGGAGAUAAGCACCAUGUUAAAGAUGUAAAGGAGGUUGAACGUGCUGUGUCUGAAUUCAUCAAAUAUGAGAUCUCCUUCAAUGUGUAUAUGUUCCAUGGUGGAACCAACUUUGGUUUCAUGAAUGGGGCCACAAAUUUCGGGAAGCACACUGGCAUUGUCACCAGCUAUGACUAUGAUGCUGUGCUCACGGAGGCUGGAGAUUACACAGAAAAAUAUUUCAAGCUUCAAAAACUCUUGGAAUCUGUCUCAGCAAUUCCCCUGCCCCAAGUACCCAAACUUACUCCCAAGGCUGUAUAUCCCCCCAUGAGACCGUCGCUGUACCUCCCGCUGUGGGAUGCCCUAUUCUACUUAAAUGAGCCAGUCAGGUCCCAUCAGCCCGUCAACAUGGAGAACCUUCCCAUAAACAAUGGGAGUGGCCAGUCCUAUGGCCUUGUCCUGUAUGAGAAGUCCAUCUGCUCCGGAGGCCGCCUCUGUGCCCACGCUCACGACAUUGCACAGGUGUUUCUGGAUGAGACAAUGAUAGGGAUUCUGAAUGAGAAUAAUCAGGACCUGCACAUUCCUGAAUUCAGGGACUGCCGAUACCUGAGGAUCCUGGUGGAGAAUCAAGGACGAGUCAAUUUUUCAUGGCAAAUACAGAAUGAGCAGAAAGGAAUAACUGGAUCUGUCAGCAUCAAUAACUCUUCCCUGGAGGGCUUUACCAUCUAUUCCCUGGAGAUGAAAAUGAGCUUCUUUGAGAGGCUCCGCUCUGCCACCUGGAAGCCUGUCCCAGAUAGCCACCAGGGCCCAGCCUUCUACCGUGGGACCUUGAAGGCUGGCCCUUCUCCCAAGGACACCUUCCUGAGCCUGCUGAACUGGAAUUACGGAUUCGUGUUCAUCAAUGGACGGAACCUUGGGCGGUACUGGAAUAUUGGGCCUCAGCAAACACUGUACCUUCCUGGAGUAUGGCUUCGUCCGGAGGACAACGAGCCUUUCUUUUCUUCUCAGGUCAUCUUGUUUGAGAAGAUGCUGAGUGGCUCAGACAUCACAUCUACAGACAAGCCCAUGCUGUAAAACCGUGUCUGAACAUACCUUUUGGGUUGCUGGAGUUCAUCUGCAAGUCAUUUUUGAGGAAUAAGAUUUAUAUUAAGACUAUCAAACAGUGUUGCUUACAAUAGCAAAAAUGUGAAAAUAACAACAACAACAACAAAAACCAGCAGAAGAAUUGUUACGUAUUUUGGAGUCUAUCUAUAUGAUGCCUAUUUUUAGGCUUUAAAACAUCUUCAAAAUGUUUAACGGCUGAUUUAUCUAGUUAAAUGCUUAAUCCUUAGCAGGCUCUUAUUCUGUAAUUAAACAUGCCUUAAGUAGAUGCGAAUAAAAUAAAAACAAGUUUCA